CCUCUCGCACAAGGUUCCUGUUUGGAAUCAUUUCCGUGUGGCAGAAUGAGAGCCCUGCUCUUUGGUGUUAUGGCUCAAUGAGCAGUUUAUAAUUGGAGCAGGAGACAGACAGACAGACAGACAGACAGACUAGGGCUCGGUUCUUUAGUCAGGCAGGAAGAAAGUGGGCAGUAAGAGGGCACUUUCAAGAUGAGUAGCCGUAGGAAGCGUGCCCCUCCGAUCAGGCUCAGCGAUGAGGAAAAGAAACUUCACUGCUGGAAUAUGCAUGAAGAUAGGAGAUUAGAAGACUUUACACUGGAAGAGGAAAAUCCAGGAACUAGCACAUCAUUCUCAUUUCAUGAUGUCAAACAUGCCAAACUGGAGCAAAAACAGAUUACUGAAUCAUUAUCGGAACCUUUAAACCUACCCCUCCAAAAUGACACUGACAUAACACCAACUUUGGUGCCUUUGUCUGUCCAUCUUAGCAUGCUCAUUUCUCCUGUUCCUACAGAGGAAAACUGGAAAGCCUUGCUUGGUGUGUUCAGUCUCCAUCUUUCAUCUGGGCAGAGUGCUCAUAGUAUAUUGCAGAGACAAAGCUUCACAUUAACUAAAGAUAAACCUUGGUCUUCUCAGCUGCUGAUGCGCAUCCAUGACAGAGAGGAGGAAAUAGAUGAAGGGACAAGCACAAGUUUCAGCAGUUCUGAAGAGCUACUCCAGGUGGAGACAUGGCUUUGUGAAGAUCUGCUGGAAGACUUGAGAUGGUUGCAAAAGAAGAAACUUAUUGCACUUUAUUACAGAUCAGCAAAAUCUAGUGAUAUAGAGGUUGGAAUCUACCUGUUGGAGGCUUGCUUGUCAAAACCUGAAUUUUUGAGUCAAGGAAAUGGAAGGAUGAAAAAAGCUUGCAUUCUCAUGCAGAGACUGAUGGAAACAUUUUACAACUUUACUAUUCCAGAUGUUAUUGAUGACAAUGAGGAGGAGUCUGACAGAGAGCUAGAGAGACAAAACAUUGAAGAGCUUUAUGAUUAUGUAAGGCAGACCCACCAACAAGAAGGCAACCUUUUGCAGCAGGACGUUCAACACCCAGCUUUAAUUCCAGUGCUCAGGCCUUACCAAAAUGAAGCAGUGAACUGGAUGUUACAGAAAGAAAACUUUAUGGAAGUGCCUUCAACUGAAAAUACUUUGCACCCGUUGUGGCGAGAAGUCUCAACACUGGAAGAAGUUAAAAUCUACUAUAACCCUUUCACUGGGUGUGUUAUUCGAGAACGCCCUGUUCCCGGUCAUGAAUGGCCUGGGGGUAUUUUAGCUGAUGAAAUGGGACUUGGAAAAACGGUAGAAGUAUUAAGUCUAAUACUCUGUCACCCACGGAAAGAUGUCAGAAAGGAUGUGUUGACAUUACCUGAGGGAAAACUAGUGAAUUAUUUCAUACCACCUCCACCUAUGAAGUCAGCAAGAAACAAGAAGGAGAAAGUUGCUGAUUUCAAAUCAAAGGAGAGGAUACAGUUCCCUAGUUUACGUGUGAUGAUAUUGGCAGCAAUAAAAGAAAUUAGUGUGAAAAAGGGAGCUUCCAUAAUUGCCAUCUUUAAGUAUAUUAGUACCAUCUACAGAUAUGAUGUUCAGAGGAACCGAAGACUUCUUAAAAGGACCAUUGAGAAACUAAUAUCAGAAAAAAUAGUAGAGCAGGUAAAAGGGCACGGACUUGCAGGAUCUUUUAAACUCGGGAAAAACUACAAGGAAAACAAAAUCCAAGACAAAUCACAAAAACUGAAAACUAAAUCUUCUAAAAGGUUACAGCACAGUUUAUCUGAACUCAGGGAUCAUGAGAAAGAGCAGCCUGAGAAGGUUAAGUGCAUCCAUGCUGCUGCAAAAGAUCAUGACUAUUGUACACAACAUAAGGAGAGUACUACUGACACUGAACUGAAAGACAAGGGCGAAGUAAAGGAAAGAAAUGUUUCUAAACUAAAUGCUAGUUUAGAAACUAAGCAUGAAAAUGUCUACGCAGAUCAUCCCCAUUCUCAGGAGCAAGUGUGUCAGACUGGUGCUGUUUUUCCAUUCAAUACUGCAGAUUACCGAUUUGAAUGUAUAUGUGGUGAACUGGGCCUCUAUGAUUACAAAGCCCGUGUACAGUGCCUACAGUGCCAUCUAUGGCAACAUGCAGAGUGUGUAAAUUAUAAGCAAGAAAACCUGGGGGUCACACCUUUCUACUGUCCUCAUUGUCUGGUUGCCAUGAAGCCAGUUCCCACUGGAGCAACUCUUAUCAUUUCUCCCAGCUCCAUAUGUCACCAGUGGGUAGAUGAAAUCAACCGCCACGUGCAGUCAUCCUCACUUCAUGUUAUGGUAUACCAGGGUGUAAAAAAACAUGGCUUUCUGCAACCUCAAAUGUUAGCAGAACAAGAUGUGGUUAUAACUACCUAUGAUGUACUCCGAUCUGAGCUAAAUUACGUAGAUAUUCCGCACAGUAACAGCGAAGAUGGAAGGAAGUUUCGAAAUCAGAAGCGUUACAUGGCUGUACCAAGCCCUCUGGUUGCUGUUGAGUGGUGGAGGAUAUGUCUUGAUGAAGCCCAAAUGGUUGAGUGCACAACAGCAAAGGCCGCAGAAAUGGCCUUACGUCUUAGUGGGAUCAACAGAUGGUGUGUAAGUGGCACUCCAGUACAGCGUGGCCUUGAAGAUUUAUUUGGAUUAGUUUUAUUUCUUGGCGUUGAUCCUUAUUGGGUCAAACACUGGUGGGACCAGCUUCUAUAUAAACCCUAUUGCAGAAAGGAUCCCUUUCCGUUAUAUAAAUUCAUAUCCAAAAUAAUGUGGAGGUCUGCAAAGAAGGAUGUCCUUGACCAGAUUCAGAUCCCACCACAAACUGAGGAUGUUCACUGGCUUCAUUUUUCUCCUGUGGAGAGGCAUUUUUAUCAUCGACAGCAUGAAGUUUGCUGUCAGGAUGCACUGGCGAAGUUUCGUAAAAUAACAGACUGGGCUCUCAAACUAAGCAGCUUGGACAGGAGAACUGUAUCCUCCAUACUUUAUCCUCUGCUACGACUGAGGCAGGCUUGUUGUCAUCCCCAGGCUGUAAGAGGGGAAUUCCUACCAUUGCAGAAAAGCACAAUGACCAUGGAGGAGCUGCUGACAUCACUACAAAAAAAAUGUCGUACAGAAUGUGAAGAAGCCCAUCGCCAGCUUGUUUGUGCUCUUAAUGGCCUAGCUGGAAUUCACAUUAUCAAAGGAGAAUAUCCUGAGGCAACAGAAUUAUAUAGGGAAGUAUUGAGAUCAUCGGAAGAGCACAAGGAAAAACUUAAAACUGACUCUUUGCAGAGGCUUCAUUCCACGCAUAAUCUGAUGGAGCUGCUUGCUGCUAAACAUCCUGGAAUCCCUCCAACCUUACGUGAUGACAAACUAGCAGAUGAGACUAAACAACUUAAAGAGCAUUAUAUGAGCAAAUCAAAUGCAGAAGUGUCUGAAGGGCACCAAGCACUACAACCUGUUUUGCAGUCAAUACGUGAACUGCAAAGAAAGAUACAUUUCUCCUCUCCUUGGUGGCUUGAUGUUAUCCAGUGUGCAGUACAGUAUGCCAUUGAUGAGGAACUUGUUCAGCGUGUACAAAAUGAACUGACUAGCAUCUAUAAGCACCAGACAAACAAACUCUCCAUGGCAGACAAGUUUAGGGAUUGCAGAGGUCUUCAGUAUAUAGUCACAACACAGAUGGAAGAGUUGAAGAAAUGCCAAAAACUUGUCAGAGAUGCUGUAAAGAAUCUGGAAGGUCCUCCAUCCCAAGAGGUUAUUCAGGCUUCCACCAUCUGUCAUCUUCGACCAGCCCGCCUUCCUCUUAAUAACUGUGUUUUCUGCAAAGCUGAUGAAUUAUUCACAGAGUAUGAGUCAAAGCUGUUCGCCCACACCGUGAAAGGCCAAACAGCUAUAUUUGAAGAGAUGAUUGAAGAUGAAGAAGGCCUUGUGGAUGACCGACUGCCUACAACCAGCCGUGGUCUGUGGGCUGCUAGUGAGCUGGAAAGAUCCCUAAAAGCAGUUCUGUCAUUUGCACGGACACACCGCAUGGAUGCAAGGGUGAUAGAUGAAGGAGCCAUAUUUAUGGAGCUAUUUGAUUCUUGGAAAAAGGAAUAUAAGUUACUUCAUGAGUAUUGGAUGGUUUUGAGAGAUCACGUGUCUGCAAUUGAUGAGCUGGCUAUGGCUACAGAGAGGCUAAGAGUUCGACUUCCAGAUGAACCAAAGCCCAACCCUCCUGUUCUCCAUAUCAUUGAACCUCAUGAGGUGGAUCAAAACCGGGUGAAGCUUCUGAAUGAUAAAGCAGUUGCCAAAUCACAAUUACAGAAGAAACUGGGGCAGCUUUUAUAUCUAACAAAUUUAGAAAAGUCUCAGGACCAAACUACAGGUGGAGUAAACCCAGAACCUUGUCCAAUAUGUGCUCGACAUCUUGGAAAGCAGUGGGCGGUGCUUACUUGUGGCCAUUGCUUCUGUAAUGAAUGUGUAGCGAUCAUCGUAGACCAGUAUAGUGUUGGCACCCGCAGGAGUGCUAUUAAAUGUGCAAUCUGUAGACAGACAACUUCACACAAAGAGAUCUCAUAUGUCUUCACCAGUGAAGGUGCAAACCAGGAGCAAGACAUCCCUGUUAAGGGAAGCCAUUCCACCAAAGUAGAAGCUGUGGUCAGAACACUUAUAAAAAUUCAGACUCAAGAUCCAGGAGCCAAAUCUUUGGUUUUCUCCACGUGGCAAGAUGUGCUGGAUAUCAUUGCAAAGGCUCUACAAGACAAUAACUUGGUGUUUUCACAAAUCAAUGGCAUUCAUAAAUUUCAGGAAAAUCUUUCAGCAUUUAAAUAUGAUCCCAAAAUCAACAUCUUGCUGCUUCCCCUGCACACAGGCUCCAAUGGACUCAACAUAAUAGAAGCUACUCACGUCUUACUUGUGGAGCCAAUUUUAAACCCUGCACAUGAACUUCAGGCCAUUGGGAGAGUUCACAGAAUUGGCCAGACCAAAUCUACAAUUGUUCAUCGAUUCCUAAUAAAGGCAACUAUUGAAGAAAGGAUGCAAGCAAUGAUUAAAACUGCUGACAGGAGUCAUACAAGCACAUCAAUGAAGCAGUCUGAAACAUCGGCCCUAACUGUGGCUGACCUGGCAGAAUUAUUUACAGAAGAAAGAGAAGAGUUGGAGUGAACCACCAUUCAUAUAGUCAAGUUCCAUACAUUCCAAGCUCCAUGAGCAUCCCCACAGAACUAACAUACCAUUGUGUAACUUUAUAUGCUGAAUUCUUUUUAUGUUGAAUGAUGAAAAAAUGUGCAAGCAGGUCAUAAAUUCCUCCACUUCACUUUGUAUAAAUUAUGAAGGAGUAAUCAGACCAGUGAGCCAUAGGUGGAAGCUUAUCUGAAACAAUUUUGCAUUGUAGCAUAAAUGAAAGACAUUGUGGAUAUAAGAGAAAGAAAAAAAUAAGCAAUGAAAAUACCUUAAAGAGGAAAAGUCACCUUACACAGCCUUCACUGUAUGGGUUAUGCACAAACAAUAUAAUAGCAAAAACUGGGGGUUACAGCUUCCCAAGUGAACGCUACAUUUGCCUAGUGAAUAUAUUAUGGAGGUUUUCUGUGAUACUGAUGAAUGAAAGGAAGCCCAAGCCCUUCUCAACCUCAUUCCAGAUCUUGAUUAGAUCCUGUGUAAAAUAAGUCUGUUCUGCAUCUAUUGUGCUUUUGGGUACUCUAGGCUAGAGAAGUUCAGCAUGCUGCCUUUCAAAAGGUAAAGCAGGAUCAGCAACAGCUGGCUGCACAAAAUUAUGCUAUUUCAGAUGUAGUUUUGUAGAAAUGUGAGUCCUGCUAUUUGCUUACUGAGACUAUAGAAAUUGGAUCAGCACAGUGAAGCAGGCCUGUCCCCUUGCACAUUUAUCUUUGCACACUCCAUAGCACACAAAUACUAGAUGAUGAUGCCUGGUUAUGAACAGAGGCAGAUAUGUUGGACUGGUGCCAUAACAUCAACGGCAUUCUGGGGGUGUCAAGGUGCCUAUUCAUUGCAUAAGUGAGUGAGAAGAGAAGCAAUAGCUGAAUAGAGAUAUAUUUUUGUUCAGAUUUGCUUUUUCAUCUUUUCUUAAACUGACUAAUGUUGUAGGACUAGGUGGACCCUAAGCCUUCCUUUUUUUUUACAUAUUUUGAUUAUUUAUGGUUGUAAGCUGCCAUAUAACAAUAUGGGGCACAUUUACUUACUCACGAAUGGGCCGAAUGCGUCCGAUUUCGUUUUUUUCGUAAUGAUCGGUAU